AUCGCACAGGGAGGUGUAAAAAAGUUUGAUUAUCCAAAGUACGUGUGGUCUCCCUCCGGUGGAUGGUGGUGUAAUCCGCGCAAUUGGAAGAGGAACACAGCAAUAGCAUUUGGUGUUAUUUUUGCACUGUGUGUACCGGUUCAUAUUAUCAGCUGGUCUUUAGAGGUAAAGUGCAUAUAGUUUAAGAGAACCCUUGAAUGUAGACAAUUUCCUAGUGAUGCAUAUUAUUGGAACUCCAAGUUGCAUUGAAGUAUAGACCUCUAAUAUUGGCUUGUAUGUUUUGUUUCCCCAAUAGAGUUUUUCUGUAUCGUGUGUUUUUCACAGGCCUUUGCUUUUCCGAAGCGUGUGUAAUUAGUAUAUUUUUUAAGAGAACUCGUUAAUGCAAAAAACGUGCAACGUGGAUGUGUUAAACCUUUCCCUGACCCAAUUAAGAGAAUAUGGUUCCACCGUUUCCGAGCUUUAUCAGCAAUGUACUGCUAUUUAUACCCGGAGGGGGGGGCGGGGGGGCACUCAAGGGAAGUCUAGUUAGAGGUGUGCCACCCAGGCCUUCAAACCCCAAGCCUGUUUAAGACAAAAAUGGCUCAUUAUAUUGUCACUACCCUGUUUAAGAAAGGAGACACUACUUUCUGAUCUGACCCUAAUUUGUUUUGUUUUGCUUACAGAAUUAAGUAAUUUUUUACACUAAAAUCAUGGAAAGAGAUUUAGGAAAAAAUUAUUGGUAUUACAAAAUGUAGACCACUCAUUGCAAGUCUUUACACUCUUUGAAAGGCUUCCAGUCUCCAGUCCAAAAAGGCACCCUGUUUAAGAUGCUCAAUAGUGAAAUAGUAUACCCUGUUUAAGACUCAAGACUGUGAAAACCAUACCCAGUUCAGCAGCACAUACCCAUAUAGGCCAAAUAAGGAGUGCCCUCCCCCCCCCCCCCCCCCCCCCCCUUUUUGUUCCAUUAUAUACAGUUUAUACACAUUAUUCCCCUAUCACCAGCGACCUUUUUUUUCCUCAUUUUCUUUUACGAACUGCUCUGACUGUGUUUUUUUUUUGGUUUUUUUUUUAUAUUUUUCUUUUUUCUCAUUUCUUCUCCCUACAAGUACCANUGUCAGAUAAGUUGAAAAAUAUGCCUUUUUUUUGCAAAACCUAUUUUUAGCCAUUCUUAUGCUAAUUCAUCAAAAACUAGUCCAAAGAAGAGGAAUUGGUGAAAAAUGCUGUUUUUUCGCUAUUCGCUGGCCGUCACCAAAGGGUUAAUAAAGUUACUGAUCUUUUUUGAUUGGGCUCCUAGAAAUGCAUCUCGGGCUCCUAACUUUAUAUUGAAGCCAACAUUAGUUGUGGUUAAACACAUCUCCUGCUGGAGGUUUCCCAAGGGGUAAUUGGCUUGGGUCAGGAUCGGCUUGGGUUGUGGUUGGUUUAUAUUUUCUGGCUACACUGCAAGUAAUUACCCAAGGUCAACUAUUGACUGGGCAGAUUUGUAAUUAAGCUUCAUACUUCAGUGUUUUCCCAGCUUGAGCGUUUACUUCUCCAACUUCUGUCACUCUUCUCAGAUGAUUUGGCUUGAGAAAUGCUGGUCGGACUACAUGAAUGCGAAGCCACUUGUGGGACAUACUGUAAAGGAAUAGCUUGAUUGCUACUUGCAUAGUAGGGAUAUUGAGCAUAUGGUAGAUUCUGGAAAUUUUCUUGGUCCCGAUUUCUGUAAGGGAACUUGAGUCUCAAAGGGUUCAGUAUUAUUUUUCUAUUGGGAAAAACAAAACAUACAAGCUGAUGAGGUUUAUGAAAGACUUCUACUUAUUUUUUAAUUACAAUGAAUGUAGAGCAACAAUCAGGGAUGCUCAACUUGGGUCACACUGCUCUGUUGCCUGCCUUUCCCUCCUCCAAUGUUGUUUUGUUGUUUUUUGGUGUAAUUGCCUAAUUUCAAGACCAAUAUAGUAAGGGAGAGGGAAAAGGAGGUCAAGAACAAUUGUCAGCAUUAUUCCUUCAAUUGACCCAAGUUCUAAUAUCAUGAAUUAUCUCUGUUUGUGAAACUCAUUGUUGGCUGUCAUGUGAUUUAGUCUUCAGUGAUAAACCACGUGGAUUAAAGUGGAUAAUUUUUGUGGGAAAAAAUAACUUACUGGUGGACUGUCAUAUAAAAAUGAAGUCAGUCUGACUAUUUAAAUUCUGCUAAAUGGUUAACCACUGCUUAAACUUUGCCACAUACGAUAACUUUCAGCAUUAUGAAAAAUUAAAAAACUAGACUAUACUCUCAAACAUACCAGUCUAUCAAAAUGCUUAUUGUUCAACUUUUACAUCAGCUUCUUCAGCAACAGAAUGGCGAACCAUGUGGUUAACCAUCAUAAAGAGAUCACAUGACAGUCUGUGCUGAUUUCUUCUUUUUAAAAUUUGUUUAUUUACAAAUCCAUUUAGGGGUGACGAAUGGUAAAAUGCGAGACUCGCCGAGAGGGCGAUAUCCUAGUUAGAAAUCCGAGUCCGAGACUCUUUGGUGAAAAGUUUCGAGACUCAAAAAAGUAAAAGCAAACCAUGAAAAAACGAGGCUUCGAGACUUAUCAAAAACGCUUCCGAGAUUUUGAGAUCCUGCCACAAUUUUCAGAGACCCACGUUUUUCGAGGCACCAUUUGCCACCCCUCCAUUUCACUGAUUCAAAAAAGGCCAAAAUAUUGUAGAUUCUAAGUACAUUUUCAGAAAAGCAAGUCCAAGAUGGCAGUACAUUUACCUUUUUUCCAUCUCGCAUUGCAAAAAAAAAAUGAUUAAAAAACUGUUUUUGGCCACCUCAUUGUACUGGCAUUAUUUAAUAGCUUUUGAUAUUUCAAAUCACUGUAUUUUAACUUUAAUUCUAACUUUCUUGUUUUCUCACAUCAGCGACGCUAUGUACCACCCUACAGACAUAUUCCUUCUCAACGAUUUUGCAAGCAUGCUAAGGUAGGUCAGAGUACUUAUUCCUUACAUCACAGUUACACGUGUAGCUACUAGUGAUAAUUGAGUAGUUGAAAGUUUUGGUUUUGUUGUCAAGAGAAAUAUCCAGUACCUAUUAGGUCAUUGUAAUUUUUUCUUUUCUUUUUGCCAUAGGAGGAUGAUCCAAGUUUACCAGAUGACUAUCAGAUAAUAAAGUGGUGA